AUGAGUCCUACGUAUUCCACUGCUACUAUUCAAGCCCCUGCCACACUUUUGGACUUCCUUCUCGUUCCCAGCAAAAUGCACAGUUUGCUGGCAAGACUAGGCAGUCCAGAUGUGUGGCAGCGGCAGUUUUUGGUGAGUUUGGUGACCGAGACUAAGAAAAAAGGUCCGCACUUUUGGGCUUCCAUAUCUUUCCCAGCUCCUCUCAUUUACUAUGGAUGCUGGCAAGAAAUGGCAGUCUAG